AUGAUCAUUUACAAGGACAUCAUCACCGGUGACGAGAUCAUCUCCGACUCGUACAACCUCAAGGAGAUUGACGGCGUCGCCUACGAGGCCGACUGCUCCAAGAUCACUGUCGGAGGCGAGACUUUCGACACUGGUGCCAAUGCCUCCGCCGAGGAGCAGGAGGAGGGUGCCGAUGACACGGCCGAGACCAAGAUCGAUGUCGUCUACUCUUUCCGUCUCAACGAGACGGGCUUCGACAAGAAGGGCUACCUCACAUACCUCAAGGGCUACAUGAAAGCAGUCAAGGAGGCUCUCAAGGCCGAUGGCGCUGACGAUGCCGCCAUCAAGGAGUUCGAGACUAGAGCCCAGUCUUUUGCCAAGAAGAUCAUUGCCAACUUCAAGGACUACGAGUUCUACACCGGCGAGUCCAUGAACCCCGACGGCAUGAUCAUCCUCCUCAACUACCGCGAGGAUGGUGUCACCCCCUACGUUACUGUCUGGAAGCACGGUCUCAAGGAGAUGAAGGUUUAA